AUGUCUCAGAACCCUAACAACAACACUGCCACUCAUGGCACUAGCUCCAAGGAGACUGACCAGCCUUCCGCUCAGGGCGCUGCCCCCAACACCACCAACGGGGCCGACUCUGCCAACGUCGGUCGGUCUCGCAACCAUACCCGUCGCUCCAGCCCGAGCGACCUCAUCAUCGUCGAAGCCUCUGAUAAGACCCCCAAGGAGGACCCAGCCACGACCCAUCGCCGCAACCGUCGUUGCAGCCCAAGCGACCGUGCCCUCAUUGACCUCUCUGACGUGAUCCCCGAGGAGGAGUCAGUCAUGGUUUCUCACGAAGAGGCCAUCGUCGACGAGGAGUGGAUCAAGGACUUCCCUAAGGAGGACCAAAAGGAAGCUGACAAUGCCCAGGGGCCUCGCGAUGCCGACGAUAUGGUCCACAAGGGCCUGGUUGUUCACUUCCUCGACGACGAGGGUUACGAAGCCGACGAUGAGUUUGAGGUUGUCGACUACCUCAGUUACGAGGAGAUGGUCGAUCUCGAGUACCUCGACCACAACACCGUCGCUGACCUGUUUAUGCUCUUCCCCCUGGGCUGUGUCGCCAUUGACCAGCUCGGCCGAGUUCAGCCAGGCUCUCAGUAA